AUGAACCGGCUCCGGAACAUCAGGCGUUUGGAGCCACUCCAGGGCCCCCUGAAGUGGGUCCCCACUCUGGGCGAGCUGCAGAAGACCCUUCAGAAGGGCGAAUACUUGCCCCUUCGCCCGCUGCCCAUGUUUGAGAGUAACUUUGUCCAGGUGACCAACCGAGGGGCCCCCGUGUUCGUGCACCACAGAACUAACCGAGUGACCAUGGGCGUGGCUGCCUCCCUGCCAGGCCUGGUGUUGCCAGACAUCCUGCUGAUGGCCCAGCCGCCAGAGGGCAGGGAAUGCUCCAACCUCGUCCUCACCAGGAUGAUCCCGCUGGACCUGGUCCACCUCUACGUCCACGACCUGACUGCCUGGCGCCUGAAGCUGCGCCUAGUCACAGGCCGCUACUACUACCUUGAGCUGGAUGCCCCUGACAAUGAGGUUGGCUUUCUGUUCGACCGCUGGAUCCGCCUCAUCAACCUGCUCCAGCAGCCCGCCACCUCCUGGGCCCCCAGGACCCUGCAUGUGCCCCCCAUGGACCUGGCCAACAUGGCACCUCCUGCCUCCACCUGGCGCCUCCAGAAACAGUCCCACCACAGACGAUCAGUCACGAUUGUCCAGCCCACCUUUCCUUACAAGACGCUGACAACUCAGAGACAGAAGAAGGCCAAGACCCUCAAGCGCAAAUUCAAGUCUCAGGCAGUGGGUGACUCCAUGCCUCUUGUCUGGUCGCAGUUGGACCAUUCUGCCACAAGAAAGAAAUCCACAGAAAAGAAGCCCCAAAUGGACCUCUGCCUUGACAGACCGCAGGCCCAAGUCCAAGUGUCCGGUUUGAUUGAGACCCCUUCACGCUGUGUCUCGGUGGACAGCCCUAAAACGCACUUGCUGGGCUCCUGUGAUCACCUGGAUAUGUACCUGUGGCAGCAGGACAUGGAAGACCUGAUGGACCCUGAGUCCAGCACCUUGUCCACCUCCUCCCUCUGCAGGACCACCCACCCGACCGACUUACACCUCCCUGCCCCCCAGCCCUCCUUCCCCAGGUACAAUGAGGAAGCCAGGACUCCAGACUCUGUACAGAAGCUGUGGCCACCACCCUCCCAGAAGGCCCCAGCUGUCCCUGCCACCUCUUACAAGGCUCCAUUCAUCCUUGACCAGACCCAGAAAGUCUCAGCUGUGCCUGCUCCAUCCAGGAAAGCUGCAACUCACCCCGCUGCUCCCCAGAAGGCCCUGGCCAUACCUGGCCCAUCUCGGAAGGCCCCGCAUGGACCUGCCAUCCCCCACAAGGCCCCAGCCGUGCCCGCCCCACCUCGGAAGGCCCCUCAUGGAUCUAUUCCCCACAAGGCCCCAGCGGUGCCGGCCCCACCUCGGAAGGUCCCACAUGCACGUGCUAUUCCCCUGAAGGCUGUGUCCCCCCCUGCCCCAAAGAGGAAAUCUCUGUUCCUACCAACCCCAUCCCAGAAGGCUCUGACCUCACCUGCCCAGCACCGGACGACACUGGGGCCUGCCAACGCUGGCAUGUUGCCCGUGGGAAGUCAUGGAGGGGAUGUGCUUGAGAAAAGCAAGCCUGAAGAGAAGCCAGAGCUGGUGGUGCUGAUGGGCACCCAGGAGACGGACGUGGUGGAGAUGAGGACUCAGAAGACAUCCCUGGGACUGCCCUUCACUACCACCGAGAAGGAGUCGGAGGAAGUCCUGAUCAGCAGAGCCCAGGAGAUCACUGUGGAUGGCUUGAAGGGCAAGGGCAAGUUGGAAGGCAAGGUCCACACGAUGAAGGAGGCAAUCUCUGUGGACAUGCCCGGCUUCAGAUCCAAGGAGGUGGGGCAGCAGAAGAAGUGGGUCAAGACCCAGGAGCUGGCCAUCGAGGAAGCCCCGCAGGGGCAGGCCAGGCCCUUCUCUGUGGAAGGGCUCGCCCUUGCCAAGCUGAUGAUCAUUGCUGGCUCCAAGGAGCACCCCUUGAACCCAGCUCUGGUCAGUCUACCCUCCUGGCUCUCCACUCUCCAGGUGUCUGCCAUGCCAACAAUGGGCACGCUGCCCCUCAGCCCCACCAAGGUGUCCUUGCUGGAAGAGACACCAGCGGUGGGCAGGGAACAGCCACUGUUGGGGGCCUGGGUGAAGGGGAACACAGGUCUGCAAGCAGAGGUGGAGGGGGACAUGCGUCCAGGGGCCGAGGUGAAGGAGGUGCCCUGGGACCCGAGGGGGCCUUUGAAAGUGCCCCCCCGCCCCAAGCGUGCCACCAGCAGCCCAAAGAUGAAUACUGCCUCCAAGACUCCCAUCCCUCUGCCCGCAAUGAGGUGGGAGGAGAUACCCGGGUCACCCGUCUCCAUGACCCCCAUCUCAAAGACGGCGGCUAGGGUCUCCCAGCAGCCUGAGAGGGUAUCUGAGGAGCUGGCGAGGGCGCCAGACCAGAGUCCUGUGGCCACUGCGGGGUCAUCCUUGGAGAUUCUCUUGCCGACUCUCUUGGAAAUUGAGAGUAUGAAGGACACGGCCUCCAAGGUAGAGAAGAUAAAGAAGGAACUGGGCGUCUUCGCUCCUUCACCCAGGCCCCCAGGUGCUGUGCACCUCUACUGUAAGAAGCAGGGUGCUGAACAGGCCGGGCAGGGCAUGUUCCCUCUCCGGUAG